UUCCUUUCUGACUAAUUCUACAAACUGGGAAGAUCAUCCCAUAAGGAGCAGAUGUGGAAACUGUUGGCUCAUUUAGGCUAUAACUUUUCAGAGGAAGAACUGAGGAAGAUAUGAGUGGCUGGAUGUUUGCAUCUAUAAAUAGCUACUUUAUGUCAGCUAGAUGCCAAUCUUUUUGAAGAGGGUCAGUCCCCAGUUUGUCUUGGUACUAGGCAUCAUGCAAACCCUAGAAGAAGCAUAGAAACCUCCCAGGACUGGAUAGGUCAUCCCCAUUCAUAGCAAAUUCCAUAAACCCUGCUCAAAGCAUCAAGAUCAGUAUUUUCUUGAACAAUAAGUAAGACAUUUUUUUCUGUUCACAACAAUGCUGUCACAUUCUGACAUGAUCAAAGAAAGAAAACAGCAAGCAUCAGCCAUCAUGAAGGAGAUCCAGCGAAAUGAAUCCCCUCAAAUGGAUCUUGGAAAAAAGGUUAGCAUCCCCAGGGAUAUCAUGCUGGAAGAACUAUCACUACUCAGUAAUCGAGGAGCAAGGCUGUUCAAAAUGCGGCAAAAGAGAUCUGACAAGUACACAUAUGAAAAUCUUCAUUUUUUAUCUAGCAAACCAAGAAAUCGCAAUGAGAUCAUACAGUGUGUCCAGUUGGAUGCUCAUGGCAUGGAACCUAGUCAGCUAAAUGCACCAAUGACACCUCCUAAUACGCCUGAUUCAAGGGGUCCACCCAAUCCUGAAACUAUUGCCCCAGGUUAUUCUGGACCUUUGAAGAUAAUUCCUCCUGAGAAGUUCAACACUACAUCUGUACCAAAAUACUAUCAAUCACCUUGGAUUGAGGCCAUCAGCAAUGACUCUGAGCUGCUGGAAGCUUUGUAUCCUAAAUUGUUUAAGCCAGAAGCAAUACCAGAACUACCCAGCUUUAAAAGCUUUAACAGAGUUGCUACUCCCUUUGGUGGUUUUGAAAAAGCAUCAAAACUUAUCAAGUACAAAGUUCCAGAUUUUAAUUUUCUGCUGCUAAAUGAUCCAAGAUUUAUGGUCCUUGCUAAUCCACUUUCUACCAGGAGAUCAUUCAACAGGACUCCUAAAGGUUGGACCACUGAGAAUAUUCCCAUAAUGAUAACUAUACAGCCUACAGAGGCCAAUGGUGUUCCAGAAACAGAUGAUUUGUGAAAAAUUUGAACUGACCAAAAUAAAGAGUAUCUACACUUUUGUUAAGUAAGUAUGCCACUAGGAAUCUGAGUAAAAAUAUCCUUUCUGGAAACAAUAGAAUUUUUGCAUAUUGUAUUUUGUAGAACACCAUAAUGAAAUUGCAAUUUAAGUUAGAGGUUGUCCUUGACUUAUGACCAUUUCUUGUGCAGCUAUUGGAAAUUACAACGGAUCAGAACAAAGGGACUUACAGCCCCUACCCAGUUAUGUCAGCUGAAGUGCCCCACCUGGGGUCAUAUGGGAAAAAAUUGAAUGCUCUCCCCACCCACCCUCCUGGUCGUCUUAGGCUUUGGGCCUGCUUCCCACCUUGCUGGAUUCCCAUAGGCCUUGAGCCUGCUUCUGACCCUACUUGGUCUUACACCCUCCUCUCCACCCUCAUGAAUCAGUUUCUUACCUUUUCCAAGAUCUCCAGGAGGGAGCAGUCGAUCUGCCAUGUGGACUUCCUAUAUGGAAGCCACAUUACAUUAAUUAGGCAGCAGAUGCCAUCUGGGGAAUGGCUACAAUGAAGUGUGGACACUCGGAAAUGGUGCCCACUUCUGGAAUGGCAUGAGGUCCCAGUGUUUAUGGGGGGGAGGGACUGAUGGACAAUUGUGUUUGAGAAGGAGGGCUAGCUCUUCCCCUAUCAGUUUCCCUAUCCAGUCCCCAAGGCCUAUGAGGUCUCAGCAGAGUGGGAAGCAGAGCCCAAGGUGCCACAGGGAUAUGGGAGACCUUGGGAGGCGGGAGCAAGCCACGUGUGAACUGGGAGGGUGCUGCAAUGUAGUCCUGGAACUGAACUAGGACUCCCCCAGCACUGAGGAUCCCAUGAUUCAUUUGAGCCAUAAUGGUUGCUUAACAACCACAAUAGUGAGAACAGGGUCUGAGAUUGUUAAGUGAGACAAACUGUGGGCACCUUGCUUAACAAUUGUCAUGAUUCAUGACUGUAAUGGGCAGGAUCCAUUAUGGUCAUAAUUUAAGGACUACCUGUAUUAAACUGAUCUUAAGUAGGUCUAUAUAUUAAUGCACCCAAUUUCAAUUCUGAAAAUAUAUGAAAGGCACGAUGUUGUGUACUGUUUAAGAUGUUUUAAAAUGUUAUGAUCACAUGUUGCAUGACUCCUGUGAAUCUAUGCACAGAGCUAUAUUUGCAGUUGUUCAUGACAGGGACCCAUUAUAUACAGCUUGUAUGGCUGUAGAUUCAUACAAGAAAUAUCCAUCUGUUUAUUUAUAGGCAAUCUCAUUCAAGAAUCUAACCACACUACAAAAUGCAUCAUAUAUGAGAUAGAUGGAAUUAAGCAAAUUUUUCGCAACCAGCUUUGCCCUGUUUUAUGUACAUUCAUUUAUCCACAAAAAAUAGUCACAAGGUUUUAAUAGGAUAGAGAUGAUGUAUUAUAGUUUAUUGCACAUACUACUUCAUCAAAUGUAUUUCUGACACGACCUUUGUUUCAUAAUCUGCUUAUCUAAAGGCAAUGUCCUUCUUGAACCUACCCACACUACAAACAUGCCCUGGCAAUCUCCUUUUAAUGUCAAGUCUCUUGGACAAUACCUUCAUCUCAUCCACCGUCCAUUGAGACAAGCUUGAAUCAACUUUAGAUGUACUGGUGUUAAAAUAUUGUUUUCUUCCUUAUUCUGAUACUAUCAAAGGGUAGCCUUAAGGUAUAUACAUCUAUUAACUUUACAUUAUCUUGGAAUAGGUGAUUGUAGUGAUUUGCAGAGGAGCAAGAUAGAUGUCAACAUCCUGAGUGGAGAAUGUCAUGCUGUUGUAGUUUUCUCCCAAAUUAAGAAUGGGUGGAUAGUAUUCAACAGCAGUGGGAAAAGGUUCUAAGGCAGACAUCAUGUGAUAGUAAUGUAGGAAAUAGAACAUAUCAAAUGAGAAUACUUUGAAAGGGAAAGAAUAUAACUGCUAAUUUUAGUCAUAUUUUAAUAUCUAUGCUGCAAGAUAUGGAAUCAACAUCAUAAAAAAGUAAACCUAAUCUAGGAAGUAAAACUAAUUAAUCCUUACUUCCUAAAAUCUAGGAAGAUGGAUUAGUCCUGACAAAUGCAGCAGGCUUCAUUUAAAAAGUUUUCAUUUGGGGAAUGAAAACAUAUCACACAGUGGGAAGAGAGAAACAAAAUAUCUUUAUAUUCAAUGGGAAGCUGCCCUGUGGCUGCCUACUUUUAGCAAAAGCUCAUUAUCAUCUCAUAACUUCUGAUUGAUGGGGAUCAACAAAGCUGCUCUAUUCCAUCAAUUCUUUUGAUCCCUUCUGUAGGGAACAAAUCACUCCGUUCCUUGUAGAUCAAGCUAUAUAAGGUCCUCCAAAUUUUUGUUUCCUUUUUGCUACCAUAGUAUUUCAUAUAAAUCACUUUUUUUUGUCUAGCACUUUAUCAGAUAUUCAGCCCUAAAGAAGUAUUUCUGAGAUACCGAUUUCUUUGUCUGAUCCACAAAUCUUCUGGUUUGUUAAACUAUCAAUUGUACUGUAUAUUCCCCACAUUAUGUUUUUUUUUUCAGCAUACCAGUGUGACUCUAGCAAUUGAUUUGUAGAAUAAGCCAUAAUUGGCUGGGGUUUUAUAGAACAUUAAGCCAGAAGUCCAUGAUUACAAACCAAUAUGAUUACAAUAAUACUUUGCACUAUGCCACAAUCAAGUUUAAUGUUAUUGGCUUAGUUACAGAGUGGAAGAGGAAUGGUGAUUUCCAAGCAGCAUUUAAAUGAGAUUCACUUUGUAAAAUACUGAAGAUACAAUUAUGUGCAAAUUCAUUAAGCAGCAAUUACACAAUAUGUUCUAGAAGACUUACCUAAGAUUCUAUAUAAAAGAUACCAUUAAAUAUAUUAUUUUUGCAGAUGACAGAUUAUAGAAAAUUUGAGUAUAAAACUCAAGUUUAAUAAACAUUUUAUGAGAAAGAUCUGUUUGAUAUUGAAGCCAAGUGAUGAAAAAGUUAAAUAACUUUAAAAGUGUGAUAAAAUGACUAAAAUACCAUUUAAAAAAUUAUUUUCAAUCUUGAAUACUUAUUGUAACUUAUAGACAAUCCAAAUGCUUACCUGUGAAUGAAUCCCAUUGAUCUCAAUGGAGUGUAUUUCUUGAGUGGAAACCUCAGUUAAAGUUCACAUGUCUAUUUUUUUCAGACAUACUGUAAGUUCUGAAAAUUGAAAUGUGUGUAAUGAAAGGAUCUUACUUUAAUGAAAAGAGCCUCCUACAUGUCUGCAGAACAAAAUUGAUAAUAUAUUUCCUAUAUCAAAAUAUUGUAUGUUCUGCAUAAUAACUAAUAAUACUUUCUAAAAGCAUCUCUAUAUAAUCUUCAAUAGGUGGAUAAAGAAGGUAGCUUCUUUAUUUUGCUGUGUUUAUAAAAUAUUGUUCAAUAAUAUUACUUGCAGUGUUGUACAUUGAAUAAAUUUUCCAUUGCAUUAU